AUGGAGGAGGUAGCGCCGUCCCUUGUGUCGACUGUGCCUCCCGAUUUUGUAUUGAGCAACGAGCUGGAAGUUGCACGUUGGGUCCCGGAAGUUCCUGCCUAUGCACCCGAACGCCAUCACCAGGACCUACAGUUAUUCAAACCAUGGAUUUCAGAGAUGAUACGAUGCAAUGUCCACGUUGGGAUCCUUGCCGAUAGCGUCAAGGGUCUCGGAACUAACCCGACGGCGUCGAAGUUUGGGCUCGCCCUGGUUCUAUAUCUAGAGAAUCGCCGACCAAGACCGACCAAGUUUGAGCUUAAUAUGGGUCUCCAAUUCCGGGCCCACUACCUACUGCGCAUCGUGGAGGCCAUUAAAAACGCCUACUCCGCAGAAGAGCGCGCCGGAGUACGGAAACUGGUCGCCGAAUACAGGUCACUGGGCCCCGGAGCGGAUUCGUGGACCCUCUGUCACGCUUUGGCUCAUGUGUCGGCCUUGAUGCAGAAAGAAUGUAAGCGCCUCAUGACCUACCCGGAGAAUACCGCUGCCGCGCACAUAUGGGUCCACGGCCGGGGUAUCUCACCUGGUCUCUUCAGAGACGAAGUUACCGAACGGCUGGACCGACAUGUCACUCAACAUGGACCCUUACUAUUCUUCAACGGCAUUCCCACCUCCACCGAGGCCAUCCGACGUUCCGUAGAGAAGUAUCUCGCAUUCGGCCCCGAAGGCCAUCACUUCGCCAAAAGCCUCAGCAGUCUCCGGGAAAGUCGCCACCUCAAGAGUCAUUACGAAGAUCUACAGCAGGGUUCAUUCCGGCGGCUCUUCGAUGGCCUUGAUCUUGAGAAGGACUCGAUAUCUCUCAUCACCGAGAUCGAGGACGCCGAGAAGGCGAUCCCGGACGUCCUCGGGAUCCACGAGAGGACCCAUCUGGGGUCAUCUAUGCCCAUACUAGAGGGAGCCUCCUCGGAGAACGUCGGCUUCGCCUUGUUCAAGAUCUUGGCGACGCAAGCAAAAGAGAACGUCAGCUUGGUCUUGUUGAAGAUCUUGGCGACGGACGCAAAAGAGAACGUCAGCUCGGUCUUGCUGAAGAUCUUCGCGACGGAUGCAAAAGAAAUGGACCCUGAGUCCACGUUACCACCACCCAGACUUUCGGUUUCGGUGGAGGAAAUCCGGUCAAAAUUUGCAUCACUUCAAGGCAUUGUCACUCGCCGCGCAUCCAAGGUCUCUCGUGACCGAUUCGAGGCCGAGCGUCAGAAGUUCGAAUCGUGGGUAGCAGAUUUUGGACUGGACGUGGCGGAAAUCGCCAAAUUGUUAGAUAAUAAUUCCACGGACAAUAUCGCUGCGGCUAUCCCCGUGCGGGCGAGCCUAGACGGUAUUGGAAGAGCUUUAGACGGCCUCGGUGUGGUGCUGAGGCGACGGUGGUAUGGAAGGCACGAAGCACAAAUAUCUCUCCACCUCUGCGGAGUCCAGCCAUGGCAGGCGCUACUGUCGCAAGGUAGGGAUCAUUACAUGGGCCACCUUCUCCCAUUUACGGAGUUGGUGGGCCUGAUCUCAACAAGGUACGACCAUAUUCAUGGUCAAUACUGGCCGGAAGUUUCAAAUACCGACGUCGGUAAGGGCGUCGAUUUUGACGCAUAUCGACGGGCGUUCCGGGCCUCGAUAGAAUCUCUGGAACUGUGCAUAAAGCCGGAAUUCAUGGAUCGGAGUUGUCUCUUUCCCCAGGUCGGGAAGCUCCGUCAGAUACUGAACGAGGGUGUACUAGAGCUCAUCGACGGUCUGGGAGAUCUGAGGAAAUAUGUCGAGCUUAUGGUUGGCGUCCUGACAUGUGAAUGGGUACAGCGAAAGCAAAUCAAGCGCAAUCAGUUGGAAAUGGUUUCAACAUUGAUUCGGAAGCUCAAGGCACACUGUCCUGUUAGCUCCCACAACCCCAUCGAUCACGCCAGUCGAGCUUGGUGGGGCGAUUUGACUCAACUGGUGAUCGCACUCUUACACGUCGACGAGGACGAGAUCCCACUUGGCUGGGACCCAGUGGUGUACCGAGAAUCCACCGAGUACACGGUGGACCAGAUUCGUGAGGAAGGGAACGAACACCCCUCCGAUUUCUGCCAAUUCCUCAGAGAGAUGAUGAUUCAAAGCCUACGACGCGAUUCAAUUCCAGACGGCCCUAGUGAUCCGGCUGAUAUUCGAUUCUUCCGCUCCUUGAUGCGCAACGACCUGCAAAAUGACCUGCGUAAAGCCAUUUUUGGCCGGUAUGGGGAAGCUCAACUGAAACAGUGGGAAUGCAAAAGAUGUGACGAGGCGCAGAAUCACGGUCUUCGCACCUGGGAGUCCACAGCACAAGAUUGUGAGGAUGAAGCCAUGGAAAGCUGA